AUGUGUCGUGGAAGGAGAAGUCAAGGAUUGUGGUCGCAAGCUGUGUCGGAAGUCGCAGCGCAGACCCGACUCGGACGACACUGGAAAGACAUCCAACGGGAACAUUUUCCUGGAAGAUCAAAGAACGAUAUCAAGAAUAGAUAUACGGUCCUCGUGCGAAGAUACCAGAACCAGGGCAUCACCCUUCCCAAUGCCCCAAGUUCUCCAUCCGACUCUGGUACACCGGCCCUGUCGAACUAUGCCGAGGACGAUGACUACCUCUCCCCCAAUUCCCACAUGUACGAUACGUUCCUGUCCACACCAACACACGGAUCAAGUCGCCAUUCCUGGUCAAGCUUCGACAACGACGCAUACUCAACAUGGUCAUCUCCACAGACAUACGCCAUGCCUACCGCUACAGCCGACCGGAUUUCACAUCAUUCAUCGGUCACUUCGUCUCAGUAUCUAUACACUCAGCCACCACUGGGCUCCAACAUGCCUGCCACAUGGGAUCAAACGUCGCCCUACGCACAUCACCCCUCACCAUCACUGCACACCGGUGCACCCACGAGCCCAUCAGUGUAUGGCUACAGCCCAUAUCCGGUCGCCCAGCAACCAAUAACGCCCCACAACAUCGCUUACACAGCCUCCACGGAGCGAGCAGCAUAUGCCACGAUGCCGAAUUACUCGCCACCUACUGCAUCAGGUCAGCGGGUUUACGACCAAAGUGCAUCGGCAAUGUACCGUGACCCCAGACAUUCACAACAUCCUUACUAUCAGUCGUGA